AUGUCCUUUCUCCUCCGCAACGCCCCCCUCAUCCGCCAACGCCUCUUCACCUCCUCAGCCCGCACCCGCAACCUCCUCUCCAUCGAAGAUGCUGCAACCGCCCAAUUCACCCACGCCGCCAAUACCGUCCCCAAACUAGGCCGCAUCGCAAAAUGGUACCUCCCCACCUGCGCCGCCAUCGCCUUUGGCAUGCUCUACCUGCCCAAGAGCCUUGUCUCGCCCGCUCCCCCGGCAACCCGCAGGACCGUCACCCUCCCUGCCGCCACGGCCAACAUUGGCUUCGGCGUCACGACCGCCCUCGACGAGGCCAAUCGCGCCGUCCACGCCCCAGCCCAGAUGACGCAGGAGCAGAAGAAUCUCGCGCUCAUGGAUGCCUAUGGCGCCCGCAACAGCCUCGAGGACAUGGAGCGUGCGCUUGCCGGCCUCGAGGCCAGCGGCGCCAGUGAGAAGUCGAGGAAUGCGCGGUUGGAGGAGGCAUAUGGGGCGCGGGAGAGCAUCAGGGAUUUGGAGCGUGCCAUGCAGAUUUACGAGGUUCAGUGA